CAGAACAUAAUAUAUCAAGAUUUAUCUAGUAAAUAAUGAUUCAAAAUGCUUGCUUAUCGAAGCAAGUAUAAAAGAAAAUUCGCUAUCCGCUAAUGAUGCCCCGAGCGAAGACCUCAAAGGAGCCUACAGCACCCUCCGCAGAACCCCUUAAAGAGUAGGAAUCAACGAUGACGCAUAGUAAAAGGUUUCAAUGUAGCGUCAAGUAGAAGCCGAUCGGAUCCCUUCGUGCUACACGCCGAUUGAGGUAGGUCUCUUGGCUAAUCAAACGGGGGGAAUUCGUGAAACAAUGUCUCGACGCGCUUGCCGGGUACCUGGGUAGGUGCUUAUCGUCGUUACUCCGUGGGAGUAAUACUCGGGAGUUUAGAAUACGUAGUGUAAGCUCGCAUUACCGAAUACUGCCCUACUCAAGUGGUCAGGGUUAUGGCAACAUUAAUCGAUUCCGAUAGCACUUUCGCCUCGUUUUAUGCGAUAUGAUGCUGUUGUAAUGUUCCUCGCCGAAGAAAACGAGUUCAAUCCACAACAUGAAGGUCCACCAUAGACAUGCAUUUGGUGUCCUUUUUUCUUCGCAGGAAAACUUAUUAGACUGCGCGGACCAAAUUCAGCCCCUUAUUCUUCUAAUAUUUAUCAUUCAACCACGCCCAAUACUGUAGUCGCUUUACAACAAUUCUUUACUCCAGAUGGAGGCAGCCGAAAUGCUCUCACCCCACGAGAAUAACGAGUUAAAUUCCCAGUAUAUCGAGAAUGCCCAUCCUAUGAGUCAGCUUCCAGAAGUAUUAGAUCAAAAGCCUGCUGAGAGCGCUGUGCAAUCCAUGUACCCUAGCGGCCCAGCACAACCCAGCGCACAUUCAGAAAAUCGAAACCCAUUUAACCUCAAUCUCCUCUCUUUCGGUGCCCUCGUUUCGCUUAUCACCGCUUUAAUAGUCGGGGCUGUUAUUGGGGGCGCGUUAGGGGCCUCUUUGCAUAAAUCACGGGAAGGAUGUGAGAUGCCAUCAUCAGACGCGACACCUUCAGAAGCGAUCCUCCCCAGUGGUCCGGAGACUACCACACCGGAACCCACACAUAUUCCGACAUCGACUUUAUCGUCGACUGAAUCCACCGCGUAUUUGACCACAGACUAUGCUGCUCCAAGGCCUUCUCGUGUCGCAACCCUAGAUAUCGAUUGUCCCGCGCUGGAUGGAACAGUGCUUGAUGACUGGGAAGCUAAUCAAUACCAUAUAAACUGCGGGCGCCGAUACAUAGGUGGUGGCGACACUGAGACUUGGUCAGCAGUAGUGGCGUAUUCAAUUCAGGACUGUCUACAAGCGUGCUCCCUGUUAAACGAUUGGUGGCGUACGAACCUGUGUACAGCAGUGACUUGGUGCAGCACAAUGGCCGAUUGUACAUCGCAAUUCGGUGGGAAUUGUUGGCUGUUCAACAGCACUCCCGCCGUGGAGCUCAACGAAAACUACACGAUUGCGAAUAUCAAUCGGUGAAAUAUAACCACUUGGGAGUGCACGGCAGAGUAUCCUAGGGUUGAAGGCUUUACGGCAGGAAUGGAGAUGAGCAUGUGCUUUUUUUUCGUCUUCGGAAGGAUAGGCUUAGUAUCACCACCAUACUUGAAAUAUGACGAAACAAUCUUCUUUCUAAUCCCAAAUCAUAUUGAAUUCCUCAUAAUCUCGUCUCGGUGUUCGUAGUGCUUUCCGAGAGCCACGAACCGCGUUGCUUCGGUGUCGUCCGCCGCUAGUUGUGUACACUUAGAUCCUGCCACCAAGAUAACCCAGUACAGAUCAACUAAAUUUCUCGUUUCCCCAGUCCGAU